GACCCCUUUGGCGAGCAGCUGAAGAAGAUGAUGGAGCAGAUCCAGCGGCACCUGGAGAUGCCCGACCUACCACAGGACUUUGGCACGCAGACUUACGAGCAGCGUGUCGUGGAGCUGGAGAAGAACAGGACGAGCCUGCAAGCGCUCGCUGGGGACCGGCGCUACGAGAACCCCAGGCUGGGCAAGUUGGAGGAGAUCCUGCGGGAGCACUUCCAGCCCCUGGGUGCCUCCCGCGGCAUCGUCUUCACCAAGACCCGGCAGAGCGCCCACAGCUACAGCAACCAGACCAGGCACAUGACGCAGAACGAGCAGCAGGACGUGAUCAAGCGGUUCCGCGAGGGAACGCUCAACCUGCUCUUCUCCACAAGCGUGGCUGAGGAGGGCCUGGAUAUCCCCGAGUGCAACAUCGUGGUCCGCUACGGCCUGAUGACCAACGAGAUCGCCAUGAUGCAGGCCCAGGGCCGCGCCCGUGCCAAAAACAGCGUCUACUCCAUCCUUGCCAAAGCCAGCAGCAGAGAGCUCUCCCGUGAGCUGCUCAACGAGAACCUCGUGGAGCUCAUGGAGAGGGCGAUCAGAGCAGUGCAGGCCAUGCCCGAGCAGGAGUACACCCUCAAGAUCAGGGAGCUGCAGCGCGUUGCUGUUGCCAGCUGGCUAAUGAAGGAGGCCCGGAUCAGCGAGCGACAGCAGCUGCACGACCCGGAUGAGUGGGGAAUGGAGAUGAUCUACCGGCACGUGAAGCUGCCCAUCCUCAGCAUCAAAAACUUCGUGGUGGAAACGCCGGCUGAGAAGAGGACGUACAAGAAGUGGAGCGCCGUGACGUUCCCCAUCAAGGAGUUUGACUACCUGGAGUACUGCUCCAGCACCCACGGCCAGUCCUUGUAG